UGUGAAAGAAACUCAUUUGCACUAGAUAUAGUUCUAUUUAAAUUUACUUCCACUAGUUUGCAUGUUUUGGUUUGGUUUUUUUAUAACAUAAAGACAUUUUUGUCUCAGUGCUCUAACAGAAGCUUCAUUAUCACCUUAGCUAACACACCAUCAUUGGCCUAUUCUUGUUCUGAAGGUGCAAGUUUCAUUUUAAGUUUGGUGGUUAGAAAGUGUUGAAAACAAGAUUCAAACACAACCAUAGACUAAAAUUACAGUCUCUUUAAUUUGCUACUUUUCUCAGAAUGCAGUAAAUGGUAAAUAUGUGUGUUAGUUCAUGUAUGAAAGAGAAUGGCUGCCUUGUGAUGGUGAAAUAGUUUCAAUGAUGAGGUCAGUUCUGAGCUCUUUAGACUAAUGAAUGCAGGAGGACACAUUUUACAUAGCGGUUAGUUAUGUAAACACAAAGAAGACAAGCAUUCACAGUUUGGAUUCAUUCUGUAUUUGCUUUAUUCAUAACCACUAGAUCCUAAGUUAUUAAAAAACAAUUACGGAAAAGCUUUCGUCUGUCUGUUAAAGUGCAUUUUUAGAUAGCAAAGUUUGUGAUCUAGAAUAUGGCUUCUCUGGCAAAUAAAAAGAAAACAAAAAGGAAAAUUGUACAUUUGGGCCAAGAUGAUGGACACUAUUGAACAUCUGCAGGAAAACAUGGAAAUGUAAACAGAGGAUGAAGCUGGCACGAGAAGCAGAGCCGAUAUGCAAACUAUGCCUUAUCAUUUACUGAUAGGUGUUCACACUGUUUGUUAAUCUCUUUCCAGAUCUAUACUCUAACCUAUUAUACUGGCAUUGCUCUGACUGUACGAACAGCAGUGUCGACCAAUUUAGGUUGAAUCAUGUCAGACAGUAUACUGGAAGAAGUCUUCAUUAAGCGAUCGCAGCAGAAGAAGAAAACAUCCCCUUUGAAUUACAAGGAGAGGUUGUUUGUUCUUACUCAGGAAAAAAUAGCAUACUAUGACUACGAUGCUGACAAAGGGAAGAAAAAAGGUCUGAAAGGAUCAGUUGAUAUUGAGAAGAUCAAGUGUGUGGAGGUGGUCCAGCCAGAGCCAAACGCUCCACUGGAGCGCAAGUAUGCGUUCCAGAUCAUUUAUGAUGAAGGGCCACUUUACAUCUUUUCAAAGACUGAAGAUAUUCGGUGUGUUUGGCUAAAGAAGCUAAAAGACUUGGUGCGCUUCAACAAAGACCUGAUGCAGAAGUAUCAUCCUUGUUUCUGGGUCGAUGGGGUGUGGCUGUGCUGCCAUCAGGAAGUUAAACAAGCAAUGGGUUGCAAAGUACUGGAUACUAAAAAUGGUUUUAAAUCUGGAGCAUCAAAUCGAAGGCCAUCCAGGAAACCUCUUCCUCCAACCCCAACCCCUACAGUGGAAAAGGUUAGUCGCCCUUUGCCCCCACAACCACCUGAGUCACCUGCUUCCUCUUCAAGCAUGACUGUUAUAGCUGAGUAUGAUUACACACCAAUGUCAGCCCAGGACUUGGAGCUUAGGAAGGAUGAAGAGUACACCAUCCUAGAGAAGUCUGACCAGAACUGGUGGAAAGCCCGAGACAAAUAUGGAAAAGAAGGCUAUAUACCAAGUAAUUAUGUUGUGGAAGCAGAAAAUGGGCUUGAAAGAUUUGACUGGUAUUGCAAGAACAUGAACCGCAGCCAAGCAGAACAGCUGUUAAAGUCGGAGAACAAAGAUGGAGGUUUCUUGAUACGAGAUUCAAGCAAAGCUGGGAAAUACACUGUGUCCUUGUUCACCAAGGCUGGUGGGGAAACAGGUGGAAGUUGCAAACAUUAUAACAUCUGUACAACCUCACAGGGCCAGUUUUACCUGGCAGAGAAGCACUAUUUCAACACUAUCCCAGAGCUCAUCAACUAUCAUCAGCACAAUGCAGCAGGUAUGGUUAGCAGGCUGAAGUACAUUGUAUCUAACCGAGCACAGCCUCCAUCAACAGCAGGGCUUGGCUAUGGUACUUGGGAGAUCGACCCUCACUGUCUCACUUUCAUCAAGGAGCUGGGCACUGGUCAGUUUGGAGUGGUGAAGUAUGGAAAGUGGCAGGGUCAGCAUGAUGUGGCUAUCAAGAUGAUUAAAGAGGGCUCUAUGUCAGAAGAGGAGUUCAUAGAAGAAGCCAAAAUCAUGAUGAAGCUUCGCCACGAGAACCUGGUGCAGCUGUAUGGUGUCUGCACCAAACAGCGACCUAUUUAUAUAGUGACUGAGUUCCUUGCAAAUGGCUGUCUACUGACAUACCUCAAGGAGGGCAUGAAGCAGCACCCAUCACCUGUCCAGCUCCUUGAGAUGUGUAAAGAUGUCUCUGAGGGCAUGGCCUACCUUGAGUCACAGCAGUACAUUCAUAGAGACCUGGCUGCCAGGAACUGCUUAGUAGAUGCAAAUGGCACAGUCAAAGUGACUGACUUUGGCCUGUCAAGGUAUGUUUUAGAUGAUGAGUACACAAGUUCAGUAGGUUCAAAGUUCCCAGUUCGCUGGUCACCUCCUGAGGUCCUUCUAUACUCCAAAUUCAGUAGCAAGUCAGACAUCUGGGCUUAUGGGGUUCUAAUGUGGGAGGUGUACACUUUGGGCCGACUUCCGUAUGAACGCCUCAGCAACACGGAAAUAGGAGAACAGGUGCCCCGAGGCUUGCGCCUCUACCGCCCCCAGCCGGCCAAUGAUAGGGUCUACAGCAUUAUGACAAGCUGUUGGCAUGAGAAAGCAGAUGAGCGACCUACAUUUCAGGAGUUGGCACUGGCAGUUCAGGAUUUGCUUUAUGAGCUCCAGUAGACUUCAAAAUAAUCAGUCGAUUCACACAAACAGCUCAGUCUGAUCUCCACGGAAAAACAUCUAUACUUAUGUCUGAAAAAAGUUAAAAGCUUGAAUGUAAUGUGAAUAUGUGUAAUGUGAAUGUCACUUGCUCAUUUAUUAGCCUUUAAAUCACAUCAGUAGAAAUAAAGUCCUAUAAUUUAACGUGUAUAUUUCACUGACGAUUAUAGGAUUAAAAUCAGUUUUUAAUAUAUUCUGUUUAUUAUAUUGUGUGUUAUUGUGUGUAAUCAUUGUGGACAUCUCUGUAUGUAAAACAAGCUUUGUAAGCUCACAUGUACUGCAUGAAUUAAAGCCAAGUAUUUCAGGC